UAAACAUUGACUAUAUUUUUACUUUCAAAAAAAACAUUGACUAUAUUUGCCGGAACCAUCCCCUAAAUUUACUGUAUUUUUCUAAAUUUAUAAAAGAAAAGUGAUAAUUAUGAAGUUAAAAUCACAAACUACGUAAACUGUUGGCCCAUAUAGCACAAUGGGCUCUUACGGCCCAUGUAGGACAUAAUGGGCUUUCUUACGACCCAAACUUCGUUUCACUCGUUCUCGUAACUGUUAUCCGUAUAGAGAACCCUUCUUUCUUCUUCCCUUGCACCGAGUCCAACUCAGUCUUCAAUUUUCAAACUCGUUGAGACUCGGAAGCUUAAGAAUUAUCUUCAAUGGCGUCCAUCAACUUCAACCCUUUCGAAAGCUGGUUCGGAAAACCCCCUAAGCCACUUCCUCCCCUGAACCUCCUCAGACUAACCGAUUCAUUCUUCCUCAAGACCCAAACCCCUACAAAAUUCGCUUCACUCAGCUCCUCAAACCUCUUCAAUCAAGCCAACGAGCCUCUAAACAAGAAUUCAGAAGAACCCAAGUCAGAAAAUGCAGAGCCCGAAGAGGAAAAAGGUCAUUUCGGGAAAAUGCUGGACCAGUACUUCUGGGAAUGUGAGAACUUGCCUGAUUACAGGUACACACCAGAAGUAGAGAAGAUUCUAAAGGAAGACCCUUUUUGGGAAAAGAAGGAAAAUCCAACCGAGGAAGAGAUUAGAGAGAACGAGAAGUUGUUGGAAGCAAUCAGGGCUAAUCCAGUUAUGAAGUUUUUAGCCCAAGCUGAGGAGAUUGCGGAUAAGUACAAUGAAAUGGAGCUGAAAGAGAAUGAGAAUCCUUACAGAAGGGAAGAUAGGAAGCUAUGGAAAUCGGUUCCUCAUGUUCUUGGGCUUGAUGGCCGGCCUAUGCCUAGGAAAGCCAUAAAGACCAGAGAGGAAUCUGAUGAUAAGUUCUGGGAUUUUGCCAGGCAGUUCUUCUUUGGGCUUUGGGGCUUCAGACAGAGGCCUUACCCGCCUGGGCGCCCCAUUGAUGUUGCUCAAGCUAUUGGGUACAAGAGACUCGAGAAGCGGUACUAUGAUUUUAUCAUGAGGAGUGGUGGAUUUUACUAUAAGGAUCGGUUGGGCCGUACUAGGGGGCCUUGUGAAUUGAUAACCCUCAAGACUGCGUGGGGUGGUGGCAUUAUUGAUAAGGAUACUUUCAUUUGGGCUGAAGACAUGGAUGAAUGGGCGCCAAUUCACAUGGUUUACGGCAUGGAGCGUGCGAUUGCCACUUGGGAAGUUAGAUUUGGAGCUGCUGCCACUGCUUUCCUUCACAAAUUACAAAAAGGUAUCCCUCCUUGGGUUCCUCUAAAGGGUCGUGAGCCUAAGACUUAUAAGCAGGCUCAAGAAGAAGCUUAUGAAAGCAAAAGACGUGAUUUAGCAGUACUGAAAGCUAAUGAUGGGAUUUGGCCUGGUGUUAGAAUUCCAAGUCAUGUUCUAUUUCUCUGGGCUGGCGGUUCUGAACUCACGACAAUUCUUGAAGCCGAUCACAUGCCAAACAAAUACAUUCCAAAAGAUGUUAGGCGUCAAUUGGCUGGAAUUAUCCCUGGUCUAAGGCCAUGGGAGGUUCUAAGUGUAGAACAAGCAAUGGAUCAAAUAACAUAUGGCGGGGAAUGGUACCGUGAACCUCUUGGUUCAUACACCACAGGCCCUCCAUACAUUCAGGAGUGGAACAAGGAAGUCAUGAGAUUGAUAGAUGUUUAUACAUUGCUUAGCACCCAUGUUUACGAAAAACUGAAACAGACAAUUCCUGGUUUCGACACUGUACUCGAAAGUGUCCUUGCUGAUGCUUCAGUGAGGGAAAAGAAAAGGAAGGAGAAGAGGAUGAGAGAGAAGAAAGAACAGGAAGAGAAAGAAUUGAUUCGCCGACUUGCUCGUGGUCGGUAGCAUGAUCACAAGAAUAAUCCAAUUUUGAGUUAGUAGCAAGCAAGAUUCUACCUUCAAUUCAUUACAAAUUUACUUGUGAGUAACUCUUGUACUGUUUAACCAUGCAAAUUGCAAAUAGCAACUUCAGAUUUUCAUGCUUUUGGAUUAUAUAAUAAUAAGUAGAUAUCAGUAUUCAGUUUCAAUCAAACCAAUUAUGGGGUCGUUUCAUUUGAUAAAUCAUGUUCUUUAUUUUA